AUGAAGACUCGCAAAGGAAGAUCUGUGGCUGAACUUAUGUCAGCUAGAAAAGCUAAGAAGACUGUUGGUAUUGGUUCCUCCAAAUCUUGGAGAAAGGUUGAAGUAAAGAAGAGGAAGGUCAGAGAUGAUUCUGAGUCUAAAGAGGAUGUUGAGGAAAAUGUCCCUGACAUCUCGCUUGUGAAGAAAACCACUGCUAGGAAAUCUCCUAUUAAAGUUCCUGCUUGGAAAUUUGUGAUUCAAAGAAGGGUGGCUGUGGAAAGGGAGUUGGGAAAAGAUGUUGCUGAUGUCAAGGAGGUCAUGGACCUGAUAAAGGCUGCUGGGUUGUUGAAGACAGUGGCCGGGUUCUCUCAAUUCUAUGAGGGUUUAGUUAAGGAAUUCAUUGUCAACAUUCCUGAGGAUAUUGCUGAUAAGAACAUCAAGGAGUUCUGUAAGGUGUUUGUGAGGGGUAAAUGUAUAACAUUCUCUCCUACUGUUAUUAAUAAAUUUCUAGAAAGAAAAACUAAGGGUGCAGGAGCUGCAAAUUGGGUCCCUACCAACCAUAUUUCCACUAUUGCUAAUACCCUUGGGAGGUUUGUUUUUGUUGUUGGAACCAAAGUGAAAUUUUACUAUGGUAGAUUUAUGUUUGAACAAAUCAUCAAGCAUGCAUCUACUAAUGCAGUUAAGCUGCCUAUUGCUUUUCCCUUUAUGAUCUGUGGAAUUAUCUUGAAUCAACACCCUGGUAUCUUGUGCUCUAAUGACUUACCUAGUAGAAGAAAACCUUCUCUGUCUGUGCACUAUAAACUGUUUGAAGGCAGUCAUGUCGAGGAUAUUGUUAUGACAUCUGCCAUGAAAAAGCCAGCCCCAAAAGUUGGAACAAUUGCUGAGCUUAAGGAGACUUGUAAAGAGCUGGGUGAAGGGAUAAGGGUAGCAACCCCUAGAAAACAAUCGUUGGAAGCCUUGAUUGCAAGCUUGGAGCAGGCUGAAGGUGAAAAUAUUGCUCAUGCUAAUGUCAGUCAUGAAGAAGAAGCUGGAGCCCACACCUCUAGUGAGAGGUCUUCUAACCAUGAUGAUACAAGUGGAAAUUCUGAUUCUAGUGCUGAUGAAGCUUCAAGCUCAAGCUCUACUGACUUGCUUACAGCUCGUUAUGUUGAUGAGAUAGAUAAUAAAAGAAAGUCAGAGUUGGAUAAAGAGAUUCCAGAUACUUCCUUGCAGUUAAGGUUGUCACCACCAGUUGAUCAGAAGAGGAGAUCAUUGAGGAUGAGAGCUUCCAAUCAAUAA